AUGGGUCGAUUUCCAUUACCUACCGAGAAACAGCGUCAUCAGAUUGUCCAGCACCGUAAAAAUUACGAAAUGAACCUCUCCGCCAGUCUUCGUAUGCAAACGACGGCACAGCGUGGGACGAGCGCACCUCCGAAAGCUUCAGAGACCGCUUCAGCAGAAACCUCAAACACACCACAGGUAAUUGAAGCCGAAGUUAUACGCUCAUCUCCGGGUGUCUUGGUGGUACAGUACAAACAAGAAAGCACGCAUACGAAAUAUACGGGUAUUCUUCUUGCUGAGAACGGUGCAAAUGGUACACCGGGUAUCAUCAGUGAGGAUAUGUCAAGAUUUCGGGAAACAGUUAAAGCCUAUGUGGAUGCACCUAUCAUUGACCAAUGGACAUCUGUAAUUGGUGAGCGUUUUACUACAUCUGGUCUCCAGCUGCGCGCUCGGAGCUAUAUGCGCAAAAACGGUCGUAUGGUUUGUGCCAGUUGUAUGGAAGCGAUUCCAGAUAAUGAAAUGAUAACACGCAAACACUUUGUUAAUGCCAAUCAGCGAAAACUGCAAUCGAUUCCCAAAGAGACGAAACGUGUAGUGGCUCAAUUACCACCUUCAGAAAAACCGAUAGUUGUUGAUGAGGUUGGAUAUGAAUUGUUGGACGAACAUUUAAGCGGUGAAACAGCAGAUUAUUCCUCAGAUGCCUCCGUGAGUUCAGCACCAUUACGAAGAAGGAAUAAGAGGAAAGCAUAUGUUCCACGCGGUGCCUGUAGCGUCUUGGUUCCCGCGGGAGUGGAUUUAUUCGAACCAGAAUACGACCCUCUUCCCGGGCCUUCAAGUGAUUCAGCGAAAGGGUUGUGCAACGUUGAACCUUCACAUAAACAUGCUAAGAACCGCUUGCUGCCUUCGAUAACGACAAAAAAUCGUCGCGCUACUUCGGACCUAAUAAGGAAUAAUGCAUCCAGCGGAACAGUUGGUUCGCUUCCGAGCAGCAAUCCUGAGCCAACUAAAAAAGAUGUCCGUAAUGUUAGCAGUGGCUCCACUCGUCGAUUCAAAAGUGACAAAAUUCGAAGAGCUUUUUCGACAGAGUAUUCGAUAAGGAAACCAGUCAGUGAUUCGUUACACAUGACAUUCGUUCGGCAGUCCAAUGAACACGAUAUAUGUCAACCGACCGGACAUCGUUUGCGUCUACCAAGCACGGAUUCCUUUCGCCAGCAGCAAUUUGCCGUGCCUUCUGUUGAUCGUUCACUUAUUCAAUUCACUGCUAGCUCUUCUAUUCCUCCUCAUCAUUCUCCAGAAAUGAAAAAAAAGGAACUCGAUGUAAUGGAGGAAGUUCGUCUCGCUUCAAGUAAAGCCGAAACUGGGAGUAAUGCAGUGGGACGCAGUGAUCCGCGUCGGCCUCCAAUUAAAAUUGUGCUAAAGCCAGUCAAAAAGUGUGAAAUGAAUCCACCUCUCCGAGCAAAAGGUGAAAUGCAGUAUUCUUCACCUGUGAAUACUACCGAUGGCGUUACGCGAGCUUCAAUGCGUUCGGUACCUGAUCUCCGUUAUCCGCCAGCUAUUGAAAAAGCUGUCUUUAAAAUUCGUUCUUCAAUCCCACAAAGACGUUCAGAUGCUGGAUGUCCACCAAUGAUUAAAGCUACUUCAACAAAAGUCAAGACUCACCUUGAUCGUGGGAAUGACAAAGGUGAAUUUAGUGUGAAAAAUUGUAUGUCUUCAACAGAAAAUUUCUCAUAUUUGUUAACUGGAAGGCAAGAAAGUGCUCAGGAGAUGUGUGCAGCAAAAACUGGGAUUGCGGGUAACUUUCUAGCAGCACCGAUAGAGAAUAAUGGCUUUAGCAUUGGUGAUAUUGUGUGGGCUAGGAACGGAAUGUUUCCGUAUUGGCCAGGUCGAAUUCACGAGUUUGUGAAAGAAAAUAAAAAAAGUGGAGCAUCCAUUGUGUGGUAUGGUGAUAAUACGUACACUCCUUUUAUCGAGUUCUCUCGAAUCGAAAGAUUUGCUGAAUCCUAUGAAACAAGGUUCAAUCCCAUGCGUCCAGAUCUCAAGUACCAUAAGGCUGUAGCGAAUGCCAUCAUCUCAUGUCUCCCUAAUAGAGGCUAUUUUGAAAAAAAAUUGUCUUCGCAAGUUCACGAAGUGCUUAUGAAAGAAAAAAUUAACCUUGGUGAGGUCAACAUCAUUACAAAAUGUAAGAAAAGGACGUCGAGUGGCUCAUCCAGCAAACGAAGGAAGAUCGUUGCUGCGAAAGUGGAGAUUCAAGAAACUGAGACAACGGAAAUUGUGAAAACCGUAAUUCCAGCAACGAGGGCAAAUGGUGAUGAGCAGGUUGAAGUUGAUCCUCCUUCAUCGAGCACUUCCGUCAUAACUGUCACUUAUAAUUCUGAUGCAUUAAUUACAUUAGGAACCGCGAGCAAAGCAUCUGUUAUUCCGAAAACGAAUUCUUUUGACCCAAAGAAAUCUGUAAGUGGCAGUGAUACACCACCGUUAGUUAUUGCUUAUGAUUCUGACGAGCUUUAG